AAAUCGUUGCUAUUGAUUCGAGACAAGCAACCUCUGGUUCAAAUGCCUCAGCUCAGUUGAAGAAGUGUAAACGUUGAAUGACAGUGUUUUUUUUUUUGAUUACGCAGAAUGAAGUUAUCUUACGUACUAACUGUCCUUGGGCUUCCUUGGGUCCAAGGUGGUCUGACCUUCAACGAUGCCUCCAAGUCCGUUUUCGGGCCCAUUGGUGGACAAGUUUUUGCGACGAUUUCAACCUCGGAAGCUCCAGACUACUGUAGCAUGAAAAGUCCUCAGGGCAAAAAAUAUUGUUCCGACGAAGCCGCAUGGUACAUGGUUGAUUUCAAUUGUGACCAGGAUCCUCGUAUCGAGAUUGGCUCCUCAAUUGAUGGCUGCAAAUUGUCCAUCCUCUCUUUGGACGCAUUGGACUUUGGACUUUGGAAGGUCGAGGCCAAAUCAUUUGGUGCUGUCGCUACCUCACAAAUUAUCGUGAAUCUUCCCGUGGACAUGCAAAUCAUGAUGGAAAAUGCCUGGGGAAUUAUGAAAGUUAGCAAAGGCACCACCGUGAAAUUUACAUGCGAAAUUGAAGUGAAGGCCAAAGUUGACCAGGACUUCCUUCCUCCAAAAUUGACUUGGAAAGUGGGAGAUGAAGUCAAAGCAGUCUCCAAAGACUAUCGACGAGAGGGCCUAUCGUUCUUCAAUUCGUUUAGUUUUGCACCCACCACAAGUGAUUCUGAAAAGGAAGUCUCAUGUUCUAUCCCCAACGAACCCAGUGACUUGAGUGAUUCAGUGGCUUUGGAAGUGACGCAUUUCGAGGAAACGGAAAAAGACGCCACCGAUCCUGCCGUGGUCCUUGAAGCCAAUCAACUUGGCGAGAUCGUCAAGAUUAUCAAGGUUUUCCCCAAACCUACAGCGGAAGACAUCACAUGGCACUUUGACACUCCCAAGGGAUUAAAAAUCCUGAAGCCGGAAGAGAGUUUCCGGCGUCUCUCUGCUUCCAAGAUCAAGGACCUGGGUUCUGACCAAUAUCAAGUGGAGUUCUCCAUUGCUAAAGUCUUGCCGAUAGACGAUGGCAAAAAUUUGAACCUGGAUGUCCAAGUAGGCCCAUUUAAACACGCCAUUGUGAUCCCGCUAAAAGUUCAACUGCCUGGAACAGAUCGACCUCCAUUCAUUGCCCCAUCCACUCAAGCAUCCAGACCUGACGCCACGGCUCGACCUCCAGCAGGCCUAGAUCCACCAGAAAGUCCUCCUGCAGACUCCACCGACUACGAGCAGAUUGACGACACACCAGAGGGAAAUACUGAGGGGGCCGUGGAGGCUCCGGAGGUGCAACAGGCCUCUGGAAGCAUGAACCUCAUCAUCAUUGUGGCCAUCAUAGCUCUGCUCAUUCUCUUGUGCGUCAUUUACUAUUGCCUAAAAUGGAGGAGGAACAAGAACAAAAAGGAAAAAGCUGACGGAUGCCUGGCUGAAUCUUUACCGUUGAAUCUGUCGGGCCCGCCGUUCAAAGACAAUCCGGAAUUUAAAGCGGACACUGUGGUGCAGUUCUCAUCACCCCCAACCUCGAAAGUAGAAACAUUUGAUGAGACGAAAAUGAAGCCUGCCAAUUCCAUCGAAGAUGGUGAAAGCAAGAAGAACAAUUUGAACAAUGUUCCCAAUCCAAGUGUCCCUACCGUUGUUGUCGACGAAAAAGAGUUGGAGAAGCUCCCGAAAGUGGAAAACCCAAAAACUGUAGUGGUUGACGAUAACACUCACGAAGCCAUCCAAGCUCUAACCAAUCGCUUGAAGCUUGCGCAUUUGGAUUUACCUGUUGAUGAUGAGGACGAAUACAUGACCUCGAGGACACCCGUGGGCUCAAGAGAGAACUCGUUCGAAAAGGAUUCUCCUCCCAUCCAGAGUUUAGGAGGGGCGGGCCUUUAUCGACAAGAUGCCCAGUAUCCGGACACACCAACAUCCACUAUCUCGGCUCGGUCGAUGGAGGCUUUGACCGAUCCACAAGGGAACCAAAAUCCGAACACUUCCCUUUCCCCAAAGCUCAUGAGCCAAGAUUUGACGCAUUCGAAGAUCCCGGAUGCCAUUGCGGAGAUCAAGAGACAUGUGACAAGCGCGGAGAAAGAAGACCUUGAGAGCCUACACUUCACCGAAAAUCCCGUCUAUUAUGGCCAAGGCAAAUCGGUGGGCGUGCAGACGCCCAAACUUAAAAUCCGGGAUAACAACUUUUACUUCGAGGAUCAAUCGUCGUAGGGGGAAAGGUCAAAGAUAAUGAAUGCACUUACUCUUUUCUCCCUUUUAAAAAACUAAAUCCACCCACCUUGUGAUGGAGAGGGCUUGGAUCGGAGUGUCAUUUGAAUUAAAAUUAUUUGACCAACAAAA